CGUGAACGCAGAAUGCGCAACGUAAAAUCAAACUGCGUAACACAUUAAACUAAUGCAGCAAUUUGUUGCAAAACUCAAUUAAAAACCUAAAACGAAUUAGAAUAAGUGAUAAAAAUGUGAUGUCAAGUAAGCGACGACGAAACAGCUGCAAAAGCAUUUGAUGAACAACAAUUCAAAAAGGAAAUCAAUAAUAAUAACAAUAACAAUAAACGCUCUUAAGUGUCCAACUCUUCUUCUUCUUCUUAUAGUUGCUGUUGUUGUUGGAUUGUGUGCACCGUGUUUUAAUCGUAGCAGCAACAACAAAUAAUUGAAAGUAAAACAAAAGAGAACUAUAAAUAAUAAAAUAAAAAAAGAAAAACACGAACAAAAUAUUUCGGCCACAGCGGCAGCUAAAUAGAAAUAAUAAAAUAACUAAAUAAAAAAAAUGUGGAAAGCCAGCGAAUGCGCCGCAGCAGCAGAAGCGCCACACAGCGUCGCAUUCGCAGUUGCCGUCGCAGCAGCCGCCGCCAACGCGUGGAAAGCAGCAAAAAGCAACGCAUGACCGAACGACGCGACGUUAAAAAGCAAGCAAAACAAUUGCUUCAAACUAAAGAGUGCAACAAAAACAACAAAAAACACACAAUAUAAUAAUUAUCAUAACAAAAGCAACAACAACAACAACAACAACAAAGGCGUAGAAUAGCCGUAGGAGUAGAAAAACAAAAGGCAGAAUAAGAAGCAGCAGCAGCAGUAGCGGCAGUUUAACGUGCAAUAACUACACAAAAGAACGCUAAACGCACACGAAAAACGAAAUACAACUAAAGGAGAGAGCGAGAGCGAGCGCUUGCCAGUGCGAGUGAGAGAGAGAGAGAGUGUCAGCAAAACUCUCGCCUGAAAAAAAAUAUAUAAAAAAAAACUAAAACAGAAGCCGAAAAACAGACAAAACAACAGAAGCCGAGCUUUCAGUGUUGUUGUUGUUGUUGUUGUGUUGUGUUGCCAUGGCCAGCAUCAGCAGCAGCAGCGCAACAAAUGCAGCCAGCAGCAACGCAACAGCGCUGCCCUCACUAUUUGCCGGCAGCAAUAGCAGUAGCAGCAACAGCAGCAGCGCCGUCGCCAACGUCGCAGCCGCCGCCGCCGUCGCCAAAGAUAUGGACGGACUGAUUGCCAUCAAUGAUAGCGCAUUAUCGCAACAAAUCGAAUUUAUACUACAAGAUGCUCCCAUGGAGCAGGAUGACGAGCAACAGCUGCAGCUCAAUAUGGCAGCGGCAGCAGCGACGGCGGCAGCAGCCGCAGCAGCAGCAGCAGCGGCGGCGGCGGCGGCGGCAGCGUCGAAGCUCGACAACCACCCACCGACAACAAAUGCAACAAUAACGACAACAACAACAAACAGCGCUUCCGCAUACAUCAACCAUAACAACAACAACAACAUUAAUAAUAAUAAUAUAAAUAACCACAACAACAACAGCCUGAGUGUUGAGGAACAUCAGCAACUGUUGCUGCAACAACAUCACGCCCAACAGCAGCAACAGCAGCAGCAACAUCAUCUGCUGAAUGGGCGACGGAUCAUUAUUCAAUCAACGGGCAGCGGCGCCACCUCUGUCCUGGCGGCCAGCGACAUCAAGGAGGAGCAACAGGAGCUGGAGGACGAGCCGGAAGAGGAGGAGGAGGAGGAAGAUCCGGAGCUAAACGAUGAGAAUCUGCAGGACAUCGAAGAGGAGGCGCAGGCAGCCGAGGCUGAUGAGGAGCCCGAAACGGCGACACAUUUGCAACAUCAUCAUCAUCAUCAGCAGCAGCAGCAGCAGCAGCAACCACAACAUCAUCAUCAACAUCAUCAUCACCAGCAGCAGCAGCAGCAACAACAGCAGCAACAACAACAGCAGCAGCAACAACAACAGCAACAACAACAACAUCUGCAGCAACAGCAGCAGCAACACCUGCAGACGCAGGUCAAACUGGAGCUGGACGAUAUGCCCGACGAUGAGGAGGAGGAGGAGGAGGACGAGGAUGAGCAUAUGCAGCAGCCGGCGCAGCAGCAGCAGCAACAACUUGAGUCACUGCAACAACAAUUGGAGUACUCGACAACGGCCCAGCAGCUGGUGCUGCCCGCCGGCAGCAUUGUCAGCACCACAACGCGCGCUCUGGCGGUGCCCGUUUCAGAGGCGGCGCUGGUCCAGCUGCAGCGACGUCCCGUCUACAUAAGCAAUGCAACGAUGAGCAGCUUGGCGGGCGCCACAUAUGUGCGCAUGCCGGCCGCGGCUGUGAUCAGCCGCAGUCCGAUGACCGUACUGAAUGUGGUGCAGCAAACGGGCGGACCCACCGCACAGCUCAUAUUGCAGGCGGCCACGGCGGCGGCAGCGGCACAGGCGCCGCCACAGCCACAGUCAGCAGCAGCAGCAGCAACGGUUGCAGCAGCCGCAGCAGCAGCGCCGUCGCCCAGCAACGAGCAGCAGCAGCAGCAACUGGCGGCGCUGGCCCUGGCACAACAACAACAGCAGCAGCAACAACAACAGCAGCAGCAGCAGCAGCAACAGCAGCAGCAGCAGCAGCAACAACAGCAGCAGCAGCAACAACAGCAGCAACAGCAACAGCAACAACAUCAUCAGUCCAUCAAGCCAGCGCCUGCCACCAGCAGCGUGGCAACAUCCACGACCAGCUACCAGUGCAUGGAAUGCGUGGAGAAGUUCGAUUCAAAGGAACUCUUUGAUAUACAUCGCAGCGGGCAUGCCAACAAUAUGAAGUGCGCCAUCUGCAACAUGGUCCUGAAGUCGCUUAAAAACUAUGAGAAACAUUGCCUGCGCUGCAAGCCCUACGAGUGCCAGAUAUGUGGUCGUGUUGUGCGCUUUCGCCCAAACUUUAUUAAGCAUAUGCGCGUGCAUACGGGCCAGCAAUCGGAAAGGCAUAAAUACAAAUGCGAGGUGUGCCACAAGGAGUUCAUGAGCUUUGAAUACUUUAAGGUGCACAAGAAGAUACACAACGAGAACGUGAAUCUGACCUGCGAGAUAUGCGGCAAGGUGUUCAGUGCGCUUGCCUCGCUGCGCGGCCACUCCAAGCUGCAUUCGGGCGUCAAGCUGCACAAAUGCGACGUCUGUGGCAAGGGCUUUGGUCAGCGCUAUAAUCUGAAAAUACAUGCGCGCACGCACACGGGCGAUUUUCCGUUUGAGUGCAAGGUGUGCAAGAAGAAGCUGCAUACGCAAUCCUCACUGCAGACGCACAUGCAGGUGCAUCUGCGGGAUCAGCCCAAGGGCAGCGCCGCCAUCAGUAGCAACAGCAACAGCGGCGUCGCCGCAGCCGCCGCCACCGCCGCCAGCACCACCACCAGCACCGGCAACAAUAGCAACAGCAACAGCAAUGCUGUCGCAGCCGUGUCAGCAGCCAAUGUCAAACUGGAACCGGGUCUGGAACAACCCGGCACCAGUCUGCAACAGCAGCAGCAACAACAUCUGCAGCAGCAACAGCAACACGAUGUGGACAUGGAUGAUCAGUCUGGCGUGAGCGAUGAGGAGACUGAGAGUGCUGUCCAUAAUUUGACCAAUAAUCGUUUAACCACCGGCGAAGACUCCUCGAAUGAGUCCUCAUCGAAUGCCUCGCUACAGCAGCCGCACUCUUCCUCAGCCAGCUCAACGCACUCGCAACAGCAGCAGCAACAGCCGCAGCAGCAGCAGCAGCAAUAUAUUGUGUCCACGCCCACGCGCACCAUUGUCAUCAAGAACUACGUGCAACAGCAGCAGCAGCAACAACAGCAGCAGCAGCAGCAGCAGCAAUCGUCAGAGCAGCCAACUGGCAAUGGCAACUGCUCGAGCGUGCUGCACACACAGGUCAUACAGAGCGGUGCGGGCACCAGCAACGGCCAUCACAUCAUCAACGCCAACAACAAUGCCAGCAACAACAGCAGCGGUGGCGGCGGCAGCAGCCACACAAGCAACAGCAGCAACGGCACCAAUAACAGCAACAACAGCAGCAGCAGCAUCAGUACCUGCAAUGUUGCAACACAAGCCACAGCCAGCAAUUUGGCGCAGCAACUGUUGCGCAAAACGCCCAUCAUACACUCGACGGGCACGCUUAGCUCCGCGCUCGCCAGCGUGGUGCAGCAGACGGGUGUUGGUUCGCCGGCGCAAUCGCCAUCAUCUUCAUCCACAUCGUGUUCCUCCACCGUGCUGGUGUCCAAGGCGACGGGUGUGCCGUUGUCGAUUGCCUCAUCGGCGGCGCUGGGCGGCUCCACAAUAAUUCGCAGCACGCGCAAUCAUCAUCAUCAGCAGCAACAGCAGCAGCAACAGCAGCAGCAACAACAGCAGCAGCAACAACAGCAGCAGCAGCAGCAGAGCAACUGCAGCAGUCUGCGAGUUGUGACUGGACAGCAGCAGCAGCAGCAGCAGCGUAAUAACCACCGAAAUCACCACCGACGUCGUCAUCUGGCGGACAUGGAUGACGAUGAUGAUGAUGACGAUAAUGAUGAGGAUGAGACAAGCGCACAGUUGCGCGCUGCCACCAAUGGGCAUCAUCAUCAUCAUCAUCAGCAACAGCCGCAGCAGCAGCAGCAACAGCAGCAGCAGCAGCACCUGAAUCAAAAUCAUAAUCAUGGCCACAGCCAUAAUCACAACCACAACCAUCAUCAUCAUCAUCACAAUCAUUUCGAUGAUGAUGAUGAUGAUGAGAAAUCAUCACCGUCCCUGGCAACAGCUGCCAUUAUCAAAGUGGAACCGAAUCUCUACUCAUCGGGCUCCGGCGAUAAUUCCAACGACAUGUUCAUCAAAGAGGAGGUCAUGUUCGAAGAUUCAGCCGCACCACAUUCACCACAAUCGCCGCCCAGCUCCAAAUUUCGCAUCUCGAACUUUGACAGCGAUCUGGUUGAUCAUCAUGUCGAUCUAAAUCAUUCGCUGCCGCCAUAUGGUAACCUCUUUGAGCCGCACUCAAUACCCGACAGCAUACCCGUACAGCUCUAUCCGGAUGAUGAUGAUGAUUUCCGUUUGGAUCACAGCUCGCUGGGUGGACUGCACAAUACCUCGUCCUCGACCACUGAUGGCGAUUUCAUCAAAAAGGAAUGGGUAUACGGCAGCGGCACCAGCAGCUAUGCCAUGAAUGGUAAAUUUGAUGAUGACAGCGAUGCCCUCUGCGAUGCCGCCAACUUUAUAUACAAUUGAGUGAAGCGACGUGUGCUCCGACGUGUACACGACGCGGCCAUGUCCACUGUAUGCUGACCCAAGGGGCAGGGCGACAAGCGGGAGCAGCAGCAGCAGCAGCAGCACCUGCAGCAGGGGAAGCACCAGCAGCAACAAAUUCGAAUUCUUAACGCACACACACACCCACACCCACAAAAACACACACACAUGCAGCACAUGUUCGUGUGCAUACAUAUAUAUAUACCAGCCCCAUGUAUCCUUAAUAUAUAUAUAUAUAUAUAUAUACAUAUAUAUAUCUAUAGAUAUUUAUGUAUGUGUUUAGAGAGAGAUUAUGUUUUUUUUUCCUUGUAUACACAUGUAUAUUUAUAUAUAUACACUUAUCUAAUAUAUAUAUAUAUAUAUAUAUAUAUAUAUAUAUGUAUAUCUAUAGUAAUUUGCUAUCUCUGUCGCGCUCGUGAUCUUAACGUGAUCUUAAACUAAAUCAAUGUGUAAAACGUAUUUGUAACUGUAUUUUGUAGUUGUUUCUAUAUAAUUGAAAAAAAGGCAAAAAAAAAAAACCAACAAAAAAAAUAUGAAAGCAGCAACUGCUCUGCUAGGAUGUAUGAGAAUGUUGCAAUCUGUCUCUUUCACACACACACACACAAUAUCAUACCUAUAGUGUCUGUCUGUCUCGCUCACUCUAUAUCUCUCUCUUUGUCUCUGUGUGUCUUUGUCCAGUUCGUAAGCAACAAAUUGUCUUGAAAUUUUCUUAGUUUUAUCAUUUCUUGUAUUUUGUUUAAACUAUUUGUCGCUACAUGCCUUAACUCUCCCCACACACUCUCCCUCUCUCCCUCUCUCUUUCUCUCUUUGUGUCCACUUGUUUUUGCGCUCUCUUUCCUUAACUUGCACGACUUUCAGUUUUGUUAGCUUUGAUCUCGCUUACAGUUGAUUUUUCAUUUGUUAACUAUCAACCAAGUUUUGGCCUUUAUCUCACAGAUAUAUAUACAUAUAUAUAUAUAUAUAUAUAUAUAAUCAACUUUAUUGACGCCCUGAAAUUGACUUUAAAGAGAACCCGCAGCCCAGGCGUGCCAAAUGUUUGCCCAUUCGUCAUAUCUUUCUAAUUUUUUGUUUUUUUUUUCAGUAUUGUUUUUCGGCCCCGAAACCAAAUUUUGUUAAUUAAGAUUUCUAAACUUAGGCAAGAGAUCAUCAGGAAACGCGUUCCAAAAAAAAAAAAAAGAAGCAAAUUCUCAAAUAUAUAAAUAUAUAUAGUUUUCGUCAGUAUUUUUUGUUUAAAUACUUUCCGCUAGCCAACCUCACCUCUUCUCUCUAUAUAUAUUAUAUUUAGUUUAUAACUUUCUCUUCCCCCCGAUCUUAUGUGCAAUUCUCACAACAUGCCCACAAUGCCACGCCCCCAAACUAACUUUGAAAUUUUGCUAUAAAAAAAAUAUAUAUCUAUAUACAUA